AAAUAAAUCGCCUUUGGCUUUACCUCCUCACUCCACCUUUAACAUACCAAAGCCAGAAAAAACCUCAAAAGCCAUGACUUACAGUCCGAAGCGAGCCAUGGCUGAGCUCAGGCGCAGCAUCUCGAUGGGGGCUCGAGGCACUUCUUCUCCAAUGAAGCGAGAUGAAGACUCGUCCCCUUUGAUGUCGGACACUCAACCCGUAGACGACGAAGACGGUCGCGGUCGCCACCCCUACAAAGAUCGUGACCGUCCUUUCUUCUCCCAUUUCCAAUCCAUCUGUCCGUCCAUUGGCGACGAUGCUAACAGCUCUAGGAUCUUACUGGUCGUGGUCAUUGUCGUUGCCCUCCUUGGCUUAGUGUCGAUUUUGGCAAUCGUGAAACGAGUGAAUGCUCCGUACUUGUGUAAAAAAGAUGGCAUCACUCUUCACUGUCCUCAUGUCAAGGAAGCGCCUUCACUUUGGGAGAAUCCUUAUUCAGCAACCACAUCUUGGAAGCCCUGUGCUGAGCGUCGCCUCGGUGGGUUUUCAGAUCUUCCACCUGAAAAUGAAACAACUGGGUACAUAUUUAUCCAUGCAGAGGGGGGUCUGAAUCAGCAAAGAAUUGCGAUAUGCAAUGCAGUGGCUGUGGCCAAAAUAAUGAAUGCCACCCUUAUUUUGCCAGUGCUGAAGCAGGACCAGAUUUGGAAAGACCAAACGAAAUUUGAAGAUAUCUUUGACGUUGAUCAUUUCAUUGAUUACCUGAAGGAUGAUGUACGAAUUGUUCGUGAUAUUCCUGAGUGGUUUACAGACAAAACUGAGCUAUUUUCAAGUAUAAGACGGACAGUAAAGAACAUUCCGAAGUAUGCACCGGCACAAUUUUACAUUGACAAUGUUCUGCCUCGAAUCAAGGAGAAGAAGAUAAUGGCCCUAAAACCUUUUGUUGAUCGACUAGGGUAUGACAAUGUCCCUCAAGAAAUCAACAGGCUAAGGUGCAGGGUGAACUAUCAUGCUCUUAAGUUUCUUCCUGAAAUAGAGCAGAUGGCCGAUUUAUUGGCAUCAAGGAUGAGAAACCGCACUGGCAGCUCCAAUCCUUAUAUGGCUCUUCAUCUUAGGUUUGAGAAAGGGAUGGUAGGUCUAUCCUUCUGUGAUUUUGUGGGCACAAGGGAAGAGAAAGCUCUAAUGGCAAAAUACAGAGAAAAAGAAUGGCCAAGACGGUACAAGAAUGGUACCCAUAUAUGGCAACUAGCCCUGCAGAAGCGGAAGGAAGGGAGAUGUCCCCUGGAGCCUGGGGAAGUGGCUGUCAUUCUUCGAGCAAUGGGCUAUCCUAAGGAGACUCAAAUUUAUGUUGCUUCCGGACAGGUCUAUGGUGGGCACAACAGGAUGGCACCACUGAGGAACAUGUUCCCAAAUCUGGUAACGAAAGAGGAGUUGGCAACUAAGCAGGAGUUGGAUAAUUUCAGGAAGCAUGUGACUAGCUUGGCAGCACUUGACUUCCUGGUUUGCUUGAAGUCUGAUGUAUUUGUAAUGACCCAUGGAGGAAACUUUGCUAAACUGAUCAUCGGGGCACGCAGGUAUAUGGGUCAUCUUCUUAAAUCCAUAAAACCAGACAAGGGACUUAUGUCUAAAUCUUUUGGGGACCCUUACUUGGGAUGGGCAACCUUUGCCGAAGACGUUGUUGUCACCCACGAAACACGAACUGGAUUACCAGAAGAGACCUUCCCUAACUAUGACCUGUGGGAGAACCCCCUGACCCCUUGCAUGUGCAAAGCUUGAACAAGGAUAUCUGAUUGAAAAACUCAACACUGAUUAUUGAGGAGCUUCUCCUACAAAAGCUCGGAGAACAUAUACCUGUGAGAUGAAACUGUGAACUUCUUCUGCCCCAAAAGGCUCGAACGAACGUUGCACGGUGUGAUCAAGACAAUUAAGGAGGAAAAAUUAGGGCAUACAUCAAACUUUUUGCGGUUUUGUCAUGAAUGUCAGAUAGUUUUCCAUGUAUCAUCAGAAUUGUGUAAAUUAUUAGAGAAACGUGAAAGAUGGUUUUCAUGUAGUGAUUGCUGCUCAAAUUAUUCCGAGAUAGAGGUUCAUAUAGUGAUUGACAGGCACCAUUCUUUUA